AUGUCUUCGAAAAUCGUGGUUCUUAUCUCAGGCUCUGGGAGCAAUCUUCAAGCUCUCAUUGAUGCCGCUUCGACACCUCUUCUUCCGUCGGCUCGGAUUGUCCAUGUGAUCUCUAAUCGUAAGGCUGCAUAUGGCUUGGCCCGUGCCGCCAAUGCGACUCCUCCAAUUCCAACCUCAUAUCAUGGAUAUCCACCAUACAAGACUUCGCAUCCAUCCGACCCCCGUGGAGCUUAUGACGAAGAUUUGGCGAAGUUGAUAUUGAAUCUACCUGAAGACCAGUAUCCCGACUUGAUCGUGUGCGCUGGAUGGAUGCAUAUCUUGUCGCCCAAGUUUCUAGAACCCAUAGAGACAGCAGGGAUUCCAAUAAUCAAUCUUCAUCCUGCUCUACCGGGGGCAUUUGAUGGCGCUGGAGCAAUUGAAAGGGCAUGGGAAGCUUUUAACAGGGGUGAAAUCGCAGAAACUGGGGUUAUGAUACAUUAUGUUAUCAAGGAGGUUGAUAGAGGAGAGCCCAUCGUGGUGAAGAAGGUUGAGUUCAAAACUGGCGAAUCAGUAGAAGAUCUGACAGCAAGAAUACAUGAUAUUGAACAUGUUGCGAUUGUUGAGGGCACCAAGCUCGCGCUCGAGAAGAAGAGCUCAUGA